AUGAAGAGUCAAAUAAUAUUCGCAGCGCUCCUUGCUGCCGCGGCUGUCGCAACUGAAGCGACGAAUGACGAAAACACCGCUAAAGUCGAGGACACUCACAAGGUUCAACGGGAGCUAAGACCCGUUCGAAUUUAUGACAAUCCUACGACAGAAGGAUCCUGGGGCCACUGUGAAGGAGAUUGUGACGUUGAUGAUGAUUGCUACCAUAAUCUAAUUUGCUUUCAGCGCCAAGAAAAUGAAGCAACUCCUGUUCCAGGAUGCAAGGGUGGGGACGAAGACUUUUCGGCAAACGACUAUUGUGUAUUCCCUGGUGACAUUCCAUUGUCUGGCAAUCUGUUCGAGCAGCACACUGGGGAUAACCUCAACGAUGAGCCAGUAGAUGAUCUAUCGCAGCCCACUGGUCAAACAACGAUUUUGUCGGCGGAAAACCCUGAAAAUGAGACGGCAACUGAUCCUCCGCUCAGUUUAGUGGGGCAGAGUGGUGUGUCAUCACUGAGCCAGCAGUUCAUAUCGAUGACUUUGAUGUCUCUGGUUUCGGCGGCCGUCUUGACCAUCCAAGCUUAG